CAGAGACUAGACGAGACGAGACGAGCGGAAAUAUAUGAAAGAGCAAAGCAACAAUAGAAUCAGCCAUGGCAUCUUCUCACGGUAACCUGGAGGAAAACCUCAUAUGCUCCAUCUGCAUUGAUAUCUUUAGGGAUCCGGUGGUUCUGCCCUGCAGUCACAGUUUCUGCAGGGAGUGUCUUGAGAGAAACUGGACCUCAAAGCUGGUGAAGGAGUGUCCAAACUGCAGAACUACUAUUAAAGGCACUCUGGUAAAAAACCUGGCUCUUAAGGGUGCAUGUGAUUGUGUCAUAAUGGAGAAGAGACGCAGGACUUCAGCACAAAAUCAAGGAGUGUUCUGUGAUGUCCACGGCUUAAAACAUGAGCUCUUCUGUACGGAUGAUCAGAAGUUGGUGUGUUUAAAAUGUGUGACUGAGGAACAUAAAAAACACAACUUUUGCACGAUUGAGAAAGCAGCUGAUGAACACAAGAAUAAACUUCAGAAGCCUUUGCAGGAACUCGAGAGCAAGCUGCAAUCCUUGAAUUCCAAAAGGUCUACCUUUUCCACUACAGCUACAAAACUCCAGCUGCAGGGCCAGCAGACAGAGGCGCAGAUAAAGGCGGAGUUUGUGAAGAUUUCUGAGUUCCUCAGAGUAGAGGAGAACGCUCGGUUAUCUGCUCUGAGAAGCGAACAGAACACAAAGAGACAGAGGAUCAUGGAGAAGAUUGCUGAAGUUAACAGAUCGGAGACUUCUAUAUCAGAACGGAUCAAAAGCAUUCAGGAUGACAUGGGACGUGACGAGAGUCUUUUCUUACACAAAUUUGGAGAGAUAGAAAAAAGAGUUGAGAUCACAGUGCCAGAUACAAAGCUUGUUUUAGAUUCUGGGAUUGACAUGGCUAAACACAUGGGGAAUCUAAAAUACAUGGUAUGGGAGAAGAUGAAGCCCCUCUGUUCUUACUAUCCGGUAAUUCUCGACCCAUAUACCAAAACCCCUAACCUGGAGGUUUCUUCAGAUUUGACAAGUGUUUCAUGUACAGGCCUGGCUUUGCAAAACUCUCCCAUAAAAAUCAGCUCCUGCUACAUCCUGGGUUCAGGAGGGUUCAGUUCAGGAGUGCACACCUGGCAGGUGGAAGUGGGCGGCUGUGAGAUGUGGGCUCUUGGAGUUGUUACAGAGUCAACUAAAAAAAAAAAAAGUCUUUCUGAUUACUUAGCGAUUAUAUAUUAUAUAAACAGUAAAUGUUCUUGGAAUCCAGUCGCACCUAAGAUUAUGAAAGUGUGUGUUUUUCUGGACAUGACAAAACGCCACGUGAUUUUCAGUGAUCCGGACACUAAUGUCACAAUCAAAACAUGCAUGUACGUAUCUGAUGAGAAAUUAUACCCUGCUUUUUUCCACUCAGCAAAAUCCCAAUGAAGAUCUUACCAUCCAGGUAAAGGUCCAGGUGUGACUUCCACUGUCUUUGCUCUUCUUUCCUUUCUAUAUGUUUGAUGGCAUCACUGGUUUGUUUUUAUUCAGAUUAUUUCUAGGCUUUGGUUGUAGAAAAGGAACAAGUUCUCAGGGCUUUAUUUCAUUUGUAAUCAUUAUUGUAAUAUUUAUUUACUAAUAGUGGUGAAGGUGUGUGAUUAUCCUACAUUUCUCCCCUCAUCAUCUCUACAAGCUUUCUCACACUGUCGUAAUCAUCUCACAGAGCGCUGACCACCCGAGCAGAGUUACUUCCAUUUAAACAGAUCAUUACUUUUAUUUAUUUUUACAUUCAGAAGUGAGAAAUCAGCAAUUUUACUCAGGUAGGAAUGUAAAAGCAGGAGCUUUACUGGAGUUGUGGACAAACCCGUUGGAAAAAGAAAUGCAGAAAAAAAGUGCAAAAUGUUGCCAAAAGUAUUGGGACACCUGCCUUGGUAGCAUGAAAUCUAUCCCUUCUUUUGAACUAGGAGACUUAAACCUGUUCCAGCAUGACACAAAGUUCAAAAAGAUCUGCUUUACAUGGGUGGGAGUGGAAGAUCUGCAGUAGAACUCCAAACCUAUUGGACACUUUUGGGAUAAAUGUGAACACUGACUGCACCCCAGGCCUCCCCACCUCACCUACAUCAGUACCUCACUUUACUAACACCCUUGUAGCUUAAUAAUUCUGCACACAAAUCCACAAAUCUGGUGGAACAUCUUCUCCAGAGGAAUGGAGGUUAUUCUACUGUGACAGCAAAUGUGGAAUGAGAUGUUGAAAAAGGAAGCACAUAGAAACCUUGUGCUCAUGUGUCCAUAAACUUUGGUUAUAAAGUCUAUAAAAAAUUUGAUUAUAUUGAUGUUUUAUUGAAAUAUUGAGGAGCCGCAAUGUGUCUUGGAGAAUGUCUUUCAGAUAGAUGGAACUUUUGGCGUGACUCAUCAGCUGUAUGUUCACUAGGCGUGUAACGUUAUACAAAAUUCACAGUUCAGUUUGUACCUCGGUUCAUAUUCAGUUGGGGAAAGAACAUAAAAUUUGCUUAUCGUUUGUAAUUAAUGCAGUUUAUUAUUAUUAUUAACAUUUGUGAUCAACAUUUGACAUUUUUAAAACAAUUUUAAAUCAAAUGUCUGCUUGGUUA